GCCGCGGCUGCCGAGCCCGCGCUCGCCCCGCGCUCGCCCCGCAAGCCUCCAUGCGGCGGCCACCGCCGGCAUGCCCGGCACGCCCAGCCUGCUGCCUCCGCUGCUCGCCCUGCUGUGCCUCGGGGCCGCCGACCCCAGCGCCGACCCCGACGAGCCGUGGUGCCCCUACAAGGUGGGCGGCGAUGCUGCGGGGGCGCGGCUGUGCUUCCGCCCGCCGGCCCGCGGCUUCCAGUGCUCGGCGCGGGGCUGCCGCGCCCACCGCUCCGCGGGCGGCGCGCUGGUGGCCAACGUGCUGCGGAACGGCAGCGUGCUGCUGCAGUGGGGGCUGCGGCACUGGGGGGCUCCGGCGCCGCGCCCCUCCGCCGCCCUGCGCGGCUUCGUGCUCAACUGCUCCUGGGACGGCACCUACACGCGCUUCCCCUGCGACAGCGUGGAGCUGGGAGCCGCGUGUCGCGACUACCUGCUGGCCGAGGCGCACGGCGGCGUGCGCUACCGCCUGUGCCUGCGGCCGCGCUUCGCCCCGCCGCGCCCCGCGCCGCCCGCGCAGUGCGUGGAGUUCCGCGUGGAGCCCGCGGCCAUGCGCGACAUCGUGGUGGCCAUGACGGCCGUGGGGGGAUCCAUCUGCGUGAUGCUCGUCUUCAUCUGCCUGCUGGUGGCUUACAUCACCGAGAACCUCAUGAGCCCCCGCGGAGGACGCGCGGCCGCCGCUGCGCGCCGCGCCUAGUGCGGGAGGAGGGGGUGAUGCUGCUGCUGCUGCUGCUGCUGCUGCUGCUGCGGGUCGUUCCGGAGCUUUCCGGCGAGGGAAGAGGUUUUCCAGAUUGUUCUGGCAGCGUGGGGUUUGCCGUGCCCGAAUUUCCAGGUUGCGCGGAGUUCGGAGCUCUUCUUGCUCCUGCGGUGGAGCCGUUCGUGGUGACCCAGCUCGUGGCGUCUCAGCGGAUCAAAAGCGGCGGCAGAGCUCCACAAGUCCCAGAAAUUGUCUGUUUUUAAGGGCAAGCGGCAGAUCUUACCAAGACUCUCCAGGACACCUUUAUUUUAAACCUAAAACCUCUUGGUCUUAGAUCCAUGCUUGAUUUUUUUCUUUCCUGUGGGGUGAAGUUGUCUGAAGUUCAGGAGAACUGACUGGUGGAACCACAAACCCCAUAGCUGAGUGUGUGUUUGAUCCAAAGCCCACUUAAUCCUGUGUUUUAGGUGGGUUCUGUAUCAUGCUGGUCACAAAUUUUGGGGCCUAGACUGGCCACUGUCCAAAAACAACGGGGGUUUUCUGGUCUGGGGUUUUCUGGUCAGCUCCAGCGACCAUCAACAUCCAACACCUGCUUUUCUCCCAUCAGAACUGUGUCAUAGUUUCACAAAGAGUGAAGAUAAAGGGAUAAAUCAUGGAAGAAAAACUCCAUUUCGUUGAGGAAGUAGGAAGCAACCCUUAAUUAUAAGUCAGAUAUAAGUGAGCCCCCCCCUUGGCCCCUGAAAUCCCCUCCUUUAGCAAUGCAGCUGCACUAAGGUAGAAGCUUCUUGACCACAGAACUCACUGAUGUUGUAGCCGAGUGUUUUGAGCGUAGGAACACUCCCUGUGAACUCCUCACUUGAUGCUGUAGUAAAGUAAGGUUUUAGCCAUACUCUAGUACUGAUUCUAUUGUGCCUUAGUGCUGAGAAUUUGUCCCAUUUCUAUCAGUGUAUCUGUUCCUGUAGUCCUCGUAGUUAAGUGUAUCUCCCUCGUGUUCUUGUCUCUGGGAUUAGUGGUUGUUGGUUUGUCUGAUUGUUUUCUUUUUUAAAAAAAAACCGACUUGGGCUGAUCAUUACUUGAAAUUUAAUAUAUACACGAAGUAGUUACCUUCAGAGAGGUAUCUAGUGAGGUAGAUUUUAGUAUGUGUUGUUUGUAUGUAGUUGACUGCUGUAACACGAAAAAUUAAUUUAUUAUCACUUAGGAACUGUGCACCUAGAGAAAAAAAAAAAAAAAAAAAGUGGGGGAAAGGCUCUGCUGUAAAGGGAUUUUUGCUGUUGAAACACGUCAGGUUCACGUGUGAUCUGUUUGUGUAAAUGUUUAGCCUUGGUGAACGACCUGUUUGCUUGUUUGUGAAGUUUAAACUUGGUGGUAGAGGUUAAAUUUAGGAAGUGUGUGGAAUCCUUAAUAAUACACAGUAUUUGUACUGAACAUGAUCCCUUCACGAAGUUGGGAGAGGCUGAGGAGCUGAAGGUCUGCGUUUCAUCAGGCAGAAACUCCUUUUUCUCUGUUAUCCCUGCUGUGUUUGCAUCCUCACGUGCAGCUGACUCCAUUUCAGUGUUCUGUGUUUAUUACCUUGCCUGUGUACUUGAUUUAACUCAUUGGUGCCAUCAUUUUUGGUUUUUUUAUCCCCGAGGAGAUCAACUGCUGGAAGAAAAGGCAAUUUUUAAGAACGUUUAGAUAAAUUUUGGUCUUUUAAAGCUUUCAAGUCAGCCUUUGCUGUAGCCAUUGGAGUGCCACAGAUUUUGCACAUCUCUGUCACCUUUUGUCAACCAAUGUCACUGUUCUGUUCCUCAUCUUGUCAUGAAUUGCCAGAUGUGAAAACCAGCUGUAUAGACAAUGAGCCUUGUACCACCUCGGCAAUGAACUUAAUAAAUUAAGAGGAUAAUGAA